CUGCUCGGCUCCGCUCCGCUCCGCUCCGCUCCGCACCCUGCCGUUCCUCUCCCAUAGCCUCACUUCAAAACAACUUCUCUUAGUUAUCAGUAUCUUCUCUUCACCCGGGUCGAGUUUCCGUUAAAUCCGUUAGCAGCAGAAGGCGUUCGCGUGAUUCUUGGCUUGUGCCGGGCCACGCGUUUUACUCAUGGAGGGAGACGUUAUGGACAAGCUGGACGACAUGGCCUCGGUGUACGAGUUCGACCCGUUUACAGGCAACAUUCCCGCGACCAAAGUGGAGAUCACAGUCUCGUGCAGGAAUCUUCUAGACAAAGACACAUUCUCCAAAUCAGACCCAAUGUGCGUCCUGUAUACACAAGGAGUCGAGACCAAGCAGUGGAGAGAGUUUGGCAGAACCGAGGUGAUUGACAACACGUUAAAUCCGGACUUUGUCAGGAAGUUCAUCCUUGACUACUUCUUUGAAGAGAAACAGAACCUUCGAUUUGACUUAUAUGAUGUUGACUCCAAAAGUCCAGACCUCUCAAAGCAUGAUUUUCUUGGGCAGAUGUUUUGCACCCUUGGCGAGAUUGUCGGCUCACCAGCAAGUCGAUUGGAGAAAACUCUCGGGGGGAUCCCUGGGAAGAAGUGUGGAACCAUCAUCCUGUCAGCAGAAGAGCUGGGAAACUGCAGGGAUAGUGCAACCAUGCAGUUUUGCGCCAAUAAGCUGGACAAGAAGGACUUCUUUGGGAAGUCGGACCCCUUUAUGGUGUUCUACAGAAGUAAUGAAGAUGGAACGUUCACCAUCUGCCAUAAGACGGAGGUGGUGAAGAACACCCUCAAUCCAGUAUGGCAGUCUUUUAACAUCCCAGUGAGAGCACUCUGCAACGGGGAUUAUGACCGAGCGAUUAAGGUUGAGGUGUAUGACUGGGAUCGAGAUGGAAGUCACGAUUUUAUUGGUGAAUUCACCACCAGCUACCGAGAGCUAGCCCGAGGUCAGAGCCAGUUCAAUGUGUAUGAGGUGGUGAAUCCAAAGAAGAAGAUGAAAAAGAAGAAAUACGUCAAUUCUGGCACAGUGACACUGCUGUCUUUUUCCGUGGAGUCUGAAUUCACUUUCCUAGAUUACAUCAAAGGAGGGACCCAAAUUAAUUUCACAGUGGCCAUCGACUUCACCGCUUCGAAUGGUAACCCGUCCCAGUCCACGUCCCUCCACUAUAUGAACCCUUACCAGAUGAAUGCCUAUGCCAUGGCACUGAAGGCUGUAGGAGAGAUCAUCCAGGACUAUGACAGUGAUAAGAUGUUCCCUGCACUGGGCUUUGGGGCAAAAUUACCCCCAGAUGGACGUGUGUCCCAUGAGUUUCCUUUGAAUGGUAAUAUUGAAAACCCUUACUGCAAUGGGAUUGAGGGCAUCUUGGAGGCUUACCAUCAGAGCUUAAAGACAGUUCAGCUUUAUGGGCCCACAAACUUCGCCCCUGUCGUUAACCACGUAGCCAGUUAUGCGGCGGCUGUCCAGGACGGAUCGCAGUACUUUGUCCUUCUCAUUAUCACAGAUGGAGUCAUAUCAGAUAUGGCCCAGACCAAAGAGGCCAUUGUGAACGGUGCCAAGCUUCCCAUGUCAAUCAUCAUUGUUGGAGUGGGCCAAGCAGAGUUCGAUGCCAUGGUAGAGUUAGAUGGUGAUGACAUAAGGAUUUCCUCACGAGGGAAACCAGCGGAACGGGACAUUGUACAGUUUGUGCCAUUCCGGGACUACAUGGACCGGACGGGUAAUCAUGUGUUAAGUAUGGCACGGUUGGCCAAAGAUGUCCUGGCAGAAAUCCCCGACCAAUUUAUUUCAUACAUGAAGAGCAGAGGCAUCAAACCCAACCCAGCACCCCCUCCUUACACACCCUCAGGACACACACACCACACUCAGAUUUGAGGCCACCUUUCCCUGAGGGGGUGUUCAGCCUGACAUCAGCCUCCUGGAAUAAUGGGAUUGGGACUGGUGGAGCAGUAGGCCACUGGCUCCGUGCAUAACUCUAUAUAUGGUCUCUCUGGGACACUCUGAGAUGCCAAGGCAUUUCUAUUACUGCUUUUGUUUCCUGCCUGUUUUUUUCUGGGACAACAGCAUGAUCAAAGAAGCACACUUCAAGUCAAGAUUUUGUCAAAAAGGAAAAAAGAAAUGAAAAAAAAAAAUAAAAAAAAAAAAUCUCGGCUCAUGACUGUUUCUCUUUUGGAGCAGUGAGUUGAGGCAGAAGGAAGAGGACAAUAUUUGUGGAUUCAACUCGUGCCUGUAUGUCGUUGUCUCAGUGUACUGUACCUGGACAAGUAUUCCCUGCUCUGACCGUUGACCUUACUCCACAUUGGUGUACUAUAUGCAUUCAGGUGAAGUUUUCUGAUACUUUUUCGUAGUGACAUUCUCACUAGACUCAUGAGACUUCUUCGUGUGCAUUUGAUUUGGCACUUUUGUGCACCAUUUGGGUUAAGUGUUGCUUUUUUAGCCUUUAUGUUCUCACGUCAUAGAUUCUGUUUCUGGUCUGUUCAAAACAAAGAGUAAGAGGAUAUACAGUUGAGUGUUUCUAUAUAGAAAACAGACACAUUAUGGACACGUUUCUUAUUCAGAUCUGUUAAGAAGCACAGCGGUAAAAGUUUAUUCCUAAUUAUAUGCUGAAGGGAGAAGUGAAACUUUUAAGCACUAAACAAACUCUGAAUAUUGUGGCCCUCAGAAACUAAUUCAAUUUUGUCAAGACGAUUUUAAUAAAAUGAGACCAGGCCUCUGUGAUGGAAUGAAUUACGGUCCUGGAUGAUUAAAUAAUUGAUAAGCAUCACCACAGUUUGUUUCUAUUUGCAGCAUGUUUUGUUUACAGGUCCGCUGAGUCACAAGCAACAUAGACGUGGCAUUUCUAGUGACCUGCUCAACUGGGUGUGUGCUAAUGCAGCACUGAUGAGUCACCAUCACAUCCGAGUGAAUUACUGAUCGUAACUAAUUAAAGCACACAAAAUCAGACGGAGCAUUAUUUUAUCCCCGUUGCACGUCUGGUCAGAUUGAACUCUCUGAUGAUUCAAAUGUUAUUUCUGGUUUUAUGAUACCUAUGAUGUAUAACUGUGGAGAUUGAAAAGCAAAGAGAUCAGCUGUAUGUCAUUAUUUUAGUUAUUUAUCAAUUCCCAGCUGGACAUUGAUAUUCAUGUAAAUUACUAAAAGAUAUUACAGCGUCAUGUAUAUAGAUGACAUUUGAUUUCUUUCUCACUAUGUAUAUGAAUUCUAGUUUACACAAUAGACUCGCUGUCCACCUCGUAGGAACAACCGUCCCCCUGCUCAUUCAUGGAAUUAUCUUCCGUUUAUGUGGCAAAAGCGCGGCGCAUAAAAUUACGCAGAUCCACAGCUGCAGUUAAUGAUUACAUCAAAAAUGGGAAAACUUAUAUUUCAGUGGUUUUAACUGAUGUAUGGUUGUUGGUGUUAGAUGAUUUGACUAUUUUGGAAACUAAUGAACUCUUGUGAUUUUCAGGUUCAACAGUUUCUAGAGGUUACACAAAAUAGUGUGUGUGUGUGUGUGUGUGUGUGGGCAACAUCCAGCGCUGAGUGGCAAGUCUGGUUUGUUGAUUGAGCUGCUUCCACAUGGUAGGUUGAUUUUAGGGGAGAAUUGGGGUACAGUUGUUCCUAUUCAAGGCGAGUGUACAGAUACUGUAUAAAAGCAUGCCACACAAUCUAAAUAACACAACUAAACAUAUCUAAACAAUACGACCAAACUUAUGGAACACCUGACCAUCACACUUGUAUAUGGGCCAAAGUUUUUUGUUUUUUUUUUGGCCAUGUAGUGUAUUUAAAGAGAAACAAUCAACGUUAAACAGAUGGCCUUCAAUAAUCUAUCCAACUUGAUGUCUGAUUGUUUACUAGCUAGAAGAGUUUCUGACGUUUACAGUCAAGGGAGUGCUAAUAAUGUAACGCAGCCUUGUAGGAAAAAAAUACAAAAGCACCACCAAAAUCCUCUUUGUUCCCACAGCCUGGAUUUAAGAGACCUAUUUACCAUCUGCAUUCCCGACAUUGAUCAGCCCUAAUUUACCCACAGUGUAUCAUCGUAUCCGUUAUAUACUCGCAGACAACUCAUUGUACAACUCACUGUUGAGGUUUAGUUGUACCAGAGAUGCAGCACAUUGACGUGGAUGAAAAAAAACACAAAGGAUACACAAAAGACGUUUGAAAAUAUGAAACUAUAAUUUGUAAUAUAUUUUAAAGAUUUCUCAAGUUGCACAGCACACGUUAACGCCUACAGAUACUGUGCGAUCUGUAAAGAACAAUGCUGCGUACUAAUUUAUUUAAUUCGUUUUCUAAUCAUUUACUUUAUAAAGCAUAUAAGCAGAUGAAAUUCAAGACUCUUACUCAGGGGUAACGGUGUGUCCUGAGCAGUUCUGAGGUUUAACGUCUACUACUGAAUACAGAGUGAAGACUCUCAUAAAGAAAUGAACAGAGUCUGUAUUUUUUAGCAGUUGAAUCAAAAUAUUUAAGGAAGCACUUUACUGUAAAGAUGUCAUUCCUUAAGGAUUUUACGUCUAUACAUGGACGAUAAGUGUUUGAUCGCAUCUUUACACUGGGUGUCAUCACUCGUCUCCCCUGAUUUCAACAUGUCAGGGGGAUGAACAGAUAAACAUUCCAUGCCAACAUCUGUAACAUACUGUAGAGACAAUUUCAGACAAUUACUUGUGCAUGUAACUGCCAAAUCUAGCAGCAGGUUUAGUGAACAGCUUUUAUUUUCUAGUUGAACCUGCACUUAUGUUGAAUUUUUAGUUUGGAAACUGGUGGCCCACAGCAUGUCACAUGGUCUGUUUAUGAGCUUUCUCUUUCAUUGUUUUUGUUUGUUUGUUUUUGAAAAAAUAUAUAUGCAUUUUGAUUUUUAAUUAUUUCAUUUUGUUUAAAUAAUUAUUUAAUUAUUUUUAAAUUUCUAGCUAUUUCUUAUUUUUCACUGGCAUGUUUGAUUUUUCACCUCAGAUUAAUUCUAUUGUACAUGAUUGUUGUUAUAACGGUGGGUUGUGAAAUGCUUUGUAUUGGAUUGCCUUAAA